CAGGAAGGAAGUGUCACCCAUUCAAGGCAGUUGCUGCAGUUGUUGCAAUAACAAGAAUAGAACUUCCUUAUAAUUCAGUACAUGCGUUCCCUCGUACAAUUGCCCAUCUGUAGAAUCUUGUAGGUGGGAAUUUGCAGGAAUACUUUAAGAGUGAAAGAUGGGAUACAUGACAGUAGAGGAGCAAAGCUCCACUCUGCUCCGGCUGAAGAGAUCCCCUGGCAUUCGGUCAUGGUCUCUUCUUGUCGGUAUAGCAUCUGUUGGGUUGGCAGCUGCAUACUACAGCUCAGACAGCAUCCCGUGGAAAGUUUUCUACGUGGCAGGCUGUCUGUUUGUGGCCAUGCAGAACAUGGAGGAAUGGGAGGAGGCCGUGUUUGACAAAACCAAGAACCUGAUUGAGCUCAAGACCAUUAGCUUGUACGCUUCAGUCCUGACGUUGUGGAGGAAGGGGCAGGAGAAAGUUGUGUUGGAUCUGACACAGCUUUGUGAUAUUUGCGUCCAAGAGGAGAGGGUGCGGUAUUUGGGGAGGGGUUACCUGCUGAUGCUGCGGCUGGCUGCAGGCUUCUCCUACCCCCUCACUCAGAGUGCCACACUGGGGGGACGCACUGAUGUGGAGGCAGUGGCUGCAUUGCUGAAGCGCUUCUUAGGGCUGGAGGAGCUGCAGCAACGCAGGCAGCAGGAGGAAGAGGCAGAGUACGGAGAGGAAGAAGAUUCUUUGGACAACAGCAGUGAUUCGGAUGAUGAAGCUGAUGAACUCUGAUCCCUGUGACUUUCAACCUUCCUGUAACUCUGGGUAGAUGGAGUUAGGGGCAUUAUGGCAUUGCUAGGGCAUUACAGAGGGUGUGGUUUUAGCGAUGCCUUAUUACAUGUUAUACUGUAAGCAUGUUCGGAUAACACCAAGGAUAUAGCCUCUUUAAGUUCCUCCUAAUAGACUUCCUAUUAUUUUAUACGUGAGGUAAGGUUAUAGCAGCCUGGGGAGGCUACAGUAUAACAGCUUUUUUAUUUUCAGGUGAACUAGGAUGGAGAAAUCAUCCACUUACAUGUUUUGUCUAAGUUUAAUCAAAGUUUUCUGGAAGGGUGGAGAAAGAGACUUUUUCUUUCACUGCACUGUAAAUGUAGCCCUCCAUAAAUGAAUAUCAUGUCUUAGCAGUAAUUACAGUACAUCUACAGUGAUUACUAUUUGAGAAUACACUCCAGACUACAGAUUUACUUUGUCUUCCUACUGAACUUUAAUAAGUGUUUAUGUGUAUAAGUCAAUGGAAAGUGCUUUUCCCACAGUUUUCUGGACCACCCAGUUGACAAUCACCUUUUUCAUGCUUAUUCAUACCCACACUGCAUUCCGGAUGAAUGCGUAUGCAAACUGUUAUCAAGCAUAAAGGAUUUUCAUGGCUCAGUCAAGAGUGAAUCAUGUGUGAAAUACUUUGGCCUGUUGCUGUUCUUUGUUUUAACAUUUUAUAUACUUUUUGUGAACCAAAGACUGAAUCUCAGGAAAACACUUUGGUGCUUUAGUCAAACUUUUUUUUUUCUUAAAGUGUAUUGAAUCAGGGCUGUGUCACUAAUGGCUGAUGGUGAAUACCAGUGUGUGCCCCUUGAAGGAAAAAUCAGAAGACUUUUGGUUAACUAUUGGUUGAUUUUAUUGUUUUUAUUUACUUUAAUACAUUUGCAAGAAUUAUAUAAAACUGUU